AUGACGAAAUGGAUUCAUAUGAUGAUGGGAAACAAGGCGAAGGGGACCCGAGUUCACAGCGCUGCAGAAAUCUUUUCCAAAAAAGGUUUUGCGACCAAUGUCCGAGAUCAGAUGGAGGAGGCUAUUGCUUCGGGCUCGGUUGUUACGAAGGCUGAGAGACUUAACACUAUGAAAAGGCUUACGAGAGAGGCAUAUGAAGCUGCGCAUCCUGAGGUGAAGGCACUAUGCUUGGCAAAAGUGGAAGAAGAACGUGAGACAAAAGCUAGCGAGCUGCUCAAGCCAGGAACACGAGAACGAACAAAUGCGGAGCUAGCUAAAGCCCUGGAAGAAUGUACCGCUCCCAUCGCACACUUCUUACAAGCCAUCCAUGAGAUGACCGGAUUCCACUGGACCAUUCUGGGUGCUGGUCCUGACCCUCGUUGUAACGGUGAUAUCAACGUCAUGAGUUACCACACAGGAAUCAAUGAGUAUGGGCAAAACUGGCAGCAGGCCACUCCCAAUUUUGAUGAUAAGCACAUCAAGCCAUUUGUUGCCUUCGUUUCGAGUCUUUUUCCGGAACACAUCAGGAAGACACGCGCGCUUGAUCAUGUCCUCCCAACCCCCUCCUCGACUCUUGGAACUGAAGCCAACCCAGUGGCUGGGGAGUCGCAGUCUUCCGAUGCCAGCCAUAAUCUUCCAUCAACCUCGGCAUUAACACGUUCUCCCCACCUGCUUCCUCAUGUUCCUCAUGUGCCCAUCCCUGCUGAUGGAAACGUGCACCAGCCUCCUGCUGAUGUUUGGUAUCCGGCUCAGCAUCCGCAAGGGCUUAUUUCCUUCGACCAUGGAUAUGACCUCGAUGGAUCAGUGGACUUUGGAAUGUCGGACUUCCACAACCCCUCUGAGGCCAGCGCCAUGAUCACAUCAGGGCAAUUUGGAAUGUCAGACUUCCACAACCCCUCCGAGAUCAGCGUCAUGAGCGCAUCAAUGCCAUCAUCAAGUCUAUCCGCUUGUUUAGACUCACCAUCAAUUUCGCCCAUCUCCACAUGGACUCAGAGGGACGUGCAUUAUACUUCUCCUCCACGCCUUCGCCCACGGCUCUUUGCUGCCAACUUCGCAUCUUCAACUCCCACAUCUGGCAUAAUCAGCAGGCCUUCUCCAGCACCAUUCAUUGCUCCACUCACAUUCAACUUCCCUUCCCUCCCAGCCCCCCUCCGAACGCCUGGUUCUUCCAUGCCGGCUCCCACUGUAUCCCUCCCAACAUCUGGUUCUUCCACUCCAGCUCCCACCGUAUCCCUCCCAACAUCUGGUUCUUCCACUCCAGCUCCCACUGUAUCCCUCCCAACACCUGGUUCUUCUACUCCUCCUCCCACCGUAUCUGCGACGAUCAGUGUUGAAGUCAGUCAUGGUGGUGCUGCGGUGUCCGGACAAAGUCUCUCCAACCACGCCAACAUUGCAGAAAACGACACUGCAAAUGCAAGUGUCGAAGGGAUAGAUACCUCGGGUGUGGGAACACCUGGCGCCACUGCGGUAGAAGCAGUCCGAGUCGACUCGGACAAGGACGUUACCUUCUCCAAACCCAAAGGCCAUCCUACCCGCGGCAAGCAUAUACGACAAGUCCCCACGGUCUCAGAAAUACCCAACGACUCAAAUAGCACCCAGCCUGUCAGAAAAACUGGACGUAUUCGAACAGAGACGACUCGAUUGAUGCAGGCCAACAACAUUGGCCAAAAUCUCAAGCGUUCAAGAUCCACCAAGCCCCAGAGCGAGCGUCCUAAGAAAAAGAAAGCAACGUGA